UCCUUCAGUAGUCCCUGAGAUGCCUUCCUCCGCAGGGGUGUUCAAGCCACCCAUUGGAGAUGGCCUGAACCAGUACUCUGUCCUGCCACCCAUCCCAAGCACACAUUUGCAGGAGGGGGCUGCAGAGGACGAGAUGACUGUGCAGAAGAAGCUGCUGAGGCACAGGAGAAGUAAACAGCAGCAACAGCAGUUGCAUAAGAUCCUGGUUGCUAGUGCAAUGCAGGCAUACAAGAACGCUAAGGAUUUAAGACCAGUGGCUCCCACGUCCCCUGAGCCAGAGUUCCCUCCUUCUAUGAGCAGUGAAGACCGAAGGCGUAGAUUAAACUACAUGUUCCUGAAGGAGUGUGUGGAGGGCAGUCCUGUGGUGCCCAUCCAGCAGCAGUGGCUAGAUGCCAUGCUGACCCGCAUUCCUCCCCAGCUGCGUGUGGGCCCUGGGAGAGACGAGCUGCUGCAGGAGCUAUGUAGGGAGGUCAGCGAAAACUUCCUCAGCGGGAUGGUCAAACACACAGUGAGUACUGUGCUCCAGAAACCACAGAUGAAAGGGACAGUUCUGGCAAGACAUAGAACUCCAUCAGCAAAGGCUCUCGAUUUCUCCAGACCAUGGCAUGACAGCUUUGUGAGAAGUCGCAAGGAGAUAAAGGAGAAAUUACACAUUCUUCAUCCAGUGAUGAGGAUAAUCCUGGACAUCGGCUAUGGUGCAUUUUCACAUCUGCUUUUGGUUGAUCUUACUGACUGCAGGUCCACGGGACCUGUAGCCUGCGAGAGCCUGAAGCACAAAUUGGCAGUGGAGUGUGAGAGGAUCGAGGAGCGCAUCAUGAACACCUGGUUUCCCAAGGUCAUCCACCUGCUGACCAGCAAGGACAUGCUGCAGGGGGUCAGAGCCGAGAAACUGGACUCUUUCUACAACUGUGUCUCCACACUUAUCUCCAACCAGUUAAGAUCCUUAGUGGAGAGAAGCGUGGAAGACUUUGUCAGCUUAUUCGAUCCGCUCAAUGUCUACCAGUUGCCUCUCUUCCGCAUGGAUUUGACUUUUGAUGAUGAGAAGAUGGAAUUCUAUCCCAGCUUCCAGGACCUUGAGGAAUCUGUUUUAGAAAUUCUGAACCUGAUCACCAACACCAUGCAGAAAGUCCAGACGGUCCAGUCUUGGCUGGCUGAGGCCAACAGCUCUGUAAUUGAUGCCAGACUGGCGGACCAUGUCCUGCUAUGGGCUCAGACCACCAUAAGGUCUGCCGUACGUAAGAACCUGGAGGAGCCUUAUAAACACUUCCAGAACUAUGUUGACAACUAUGAUUGGCUGGUCAAUGGAACAGCACAGGGUAUAGUGGACAGGUUCGUUGAGGAGGAACACUCUUUUGAUGAUUAUACUGAGAAAGUGGAAGAGUUCUGUGUCCUGUCUAAGGAGAUUGUCAGUCUGCCGGCGAUAGCCCACUUUGCCAUGGUGCGUCUGGACUGUGAGGAGCUGAAACAAGGGCUGGCCAAGACGGCUAAGACCUUUGCUCAGAUACUCCUGGAGAAACUAAUCACCAAUCACAGAGAGCACAGUCUGCAGAUCUGCCAGGAGUUUGAGAACAUCAAGGAGAAAGCCCUGAAGGUUCCUGAGACCACGGAGGACAUGACUGACAUGAUAGCUUACAUUGGUCAUGCCAAGACAAAGGGCAUUGAGGAGCUCAAUGCCAAAAUAAUGGAGACCCACCACAGACUGAACUACCUGUUGGACGUCCACAUCUUUGACCCAGAAGACCUUGAGUUGAACUCUACAGUCCUCAUCUGGCCACAAAAGAUAUACCCUGUGUUCGAUCUCAAUGAUGAGGUGAUGUUGAAGGCCAAGCAGAAAGGAGAGCAGGAGCUGCUGUGCCGUAGAGAGAGGCUGAUGCUGGAGCUAGAGAAGCUAGGACGCAGAAUGGAGGAGUUUGCAGAGUGUUCCGAGCUGGACAUGAUGCAGCAGUAUGUGACUGAUGUAAGGACAGUCCAGAAAAGGCUUCAGGAUGCCGAGGAGGCCAUCGACUUCAUCAACAAAGAAGAGACUCUGUACAAAUGGGACCUGUCGUCCUAUCCCGUGGUGGAAGUCAUCAAGGAGAGCAUCGAGCCCUACCAGAAGCUCUUUGGCCUGGUGCUGAAGUGGCAGCGCACUGAGAAGAGGUGGAUGGACGGCUCCUUCUUGGACCUGAAUGGAGAGAGCAUGGAGGUGGAGGUGGACGAGUUCUUCAGGGAGAUAUACAAGAUGCUCAAGUUCUUCCAGCAGAAGCAGAAGAAGGCAGAGCAGAUGGCGGGAGGAGGGGUGAAGAGGAGGCCCGGGGAGGAGGACCCGGGGAAGCAGGAGCGCCCCACUGCACUCAUCUGUUCCACAGUCAUGGAGCAGGUCAAGGACUUCAAGGAGCACAUCCCCACGGUGUCCAUUCUGUGUAACCCAGGUAUCAGGGCUCGCCACUGGGUUCAGAUAUCUGACAUUGUGGACUAUGACCUCACGCCUGACUCUGGCACCACCCUGCGGAAAGUGCUCAAGCAGAACCUAACCCCGUACCUCGAGCAGUUUGAGACCAUCAGUGCUGCUGCCAGCAAGGAAUUCUCUCUGGAGAAGGCCAUGCAGACCAUGGUGGAGGUUUGGGAUGGAGUCUCCUUCCACCACCACCCCUACAGGGAGUCUGGGGUGUCUAUCCUCACCGCCGUGGAUGAGAUCCAGACCAUGCUGGACGACCAGAUUGUGAAGACCCAGACCAUGAGGGGCUCACCCUUCAUCAAGCCCUUUGAGAGUGAGAUCAAGGUGUGGGAGGAGCGUCUGAUCCGUAUCCAGGAGACCAUAGACGAGUGGCUGAAGGUGCAGGCCCAGUGGCUCUAUCUGGAGCCCAUCUUCUCCUCCGAGGACAUCAUGCAACAGAUGCCUGAGGAGGGGCGGCUCUUCCAGACCGUCGACAAGGUCUGGAAGGAGGUCAUGAGGCACUGCAUCAAGGACCCCAAGAUAUUGUCAGCGACCUCAUUGCCUGGCCUGCUUGAACGACUCCAAGAUUCCAACAACCUUCUGGAUAAAAUCAUGAAGGGACUGAAUGCCUACCUGGAGAAGAAACGACUCUUCUUCCCUCGCUUUUUCUUCCUGUCCAAUGAUGAGAUGCUGGAGAUUCUGUCAGAGACCAAGGACCCGUUGCGUGUGCAGCCCCAUCUGAAGAAGUGCUUUGAGGGCAUCGCCAAGCUGGACUUCCUCCCUAACCUGGACAUCCAGGCCAUGUACAGCAGUGAGGCGGAGCGUGUGCAGCUCAUCCAACUGAUCUCCACUUCAGAGGCACGGGGAGCCGUGGAGAAGUGGCUGGUUCAGGUGGAGGACAUCAUGCUGCGUUCCGUCAGGGACGUGGUUGCCCGCUCCAGAGUGGCUUACGGUGAGACCCCUAGGAGUCAGUGGGUCAGGGAGUGGCCUGGCCAGGUGGUGCUCUGCACCUCUCAGAUCUUCUGGACCCUGGAGGUCCAUGAGGCCAUCGGAGGAGGAGCUCAGGGUCUGAAUAAAUACUACCAGAAGUUACAGAGCCAGCUGAAGGACAUAGUGGAGCUGGUGAGAGGCAAGCUGCCCAAGCAGACUCGCACCACGCUAGGGGCUCUGGUCACCAUCGAUGUCCACGCCAGGGAUGUGGUGAUGGACCUGAUAGACAAAGGUGUAUCCCAUGAAACAGACUUCCAGUGGUUGGCUCAACUGCGCUACUACUGGAUCAACGAGAAUGUGCGUGUACGCAUCAUCAACUGUGACGUCAAGUACGCCUACGAGUACCUGGGAAACUCCCCUCGACUGGUCAUCACGCCACUGACAGACAGAUGCUACCGCACACUGAUUGGGGCAUUCUACCUGAGUCUUGGGGGAGCACCCGAGGGUCCGGCCGGGACGGGGAAGACUGAGACCACCAAGGACUUGGCCAAAGCCCUGGCCGUGCAGUGUGUGGUCUUCAACUGCUCUGACGGCCUGGACUACCUGGCUAUGGGGAAGUUCUUCAAAGGCCUUGCGUCGUCAGGUGCCUGGGCCUGUUUUGAUGAAUUUAACCGCAUUGAGCUAGAGGUACUGUCUGUGGUGGCCCAGCAAGUCCUGUGCAUCCAGAGGGCCAUUGAGUUGAAGCUGGAGUACUUUGACUUUGAGGGCACCAUGCUCAAACUCAACCCCAACUGUUUCGUGGCCAUCACCAUGAACCCGGGCUAUGCUGGGCGCUCAGAGCUCCCAGACAACCUCAAGGUGUUGUUCAGAACUGUGGCCAUGAUGGUGCCUAACUACGCCCUGAUAGCAGAGAUCUCCCUGUACUCCUAUGGUUUCCUGAACGCCAAGCCCCUGUCAGUAAAGAUUGUGAUGACCUACAGACUCUGCUCAGAGCAGCUUUCCUCCCAGUUCCACUACGACUACGGCAUGAGGGCCGUCAAAGCUGUACUGGUGGCCGCAGGGAACCUCAAACUCAAGUUCCCAGACGAGAAUGAGGACAUACUGCUCCUGAGGUCCAUCAAGGAUGUGAAUGAGCCCAAGUUUCUCUCUCAUGACAUCCCCCUUUUCAAUGGAAUCACCAGUGACCUGUUCCCUGGUAUCUCUCUCCCUGUGGCAGACUAUCAGCUGUUUCUGGCUUGUGCUGAGGAGUGCUGUAAGAACCACAACGUUCAGCCAGCUGAGGUCUUCAAGGAGAAGAUCAUACAGACCUAUGAGAUGAUGAUAGUCCGUCAUGGAUUUAUGCUGGUAGGAGAGCCAUUUGCUGGUAAGACCAAAGUCCUCCACGUCCUGGCCGACACCCUGACCCUGAUGAACGACAGGGGUUACAAUGAGGAGGAGAGGGUCCUCUACCGUACGGUCAACCCUAAGGCCAUCACCAUGGGACAGCUUUUUGGAGAGUUUGACCCAGUCUCACACGAGUGGGCAGAUGGGAUUGUGGCCAACACGUUUCGUGAGUUUGCGUCGUCGGAGACCCCGGACCGUAAGUGGGUGGUGUUCGACGGGCCUAUAGACACACUGUGGAUUGAGAGCAUGAACACUGUGCUCGACGACAACAAGAAGCUGUGCUUGAUGAGUGGAGAGAUCAUCCAGAUGUCCAAUCAGAUGAGUCUAAUCUUUGAAGCCAUGGACCUGUCUCAGGCCUCUCCGGCGACAGUGAGCAGGUGUGGUAUGAUCUACAUGGAGCCCUCUCAGCUGGGCUGGGAACCCCUGGUGACCUCCUGGAUCAACACCCUGCCAGAGCCCCUGCAGGCUCCAGACAACACAGGCCUGCUCAUGGAGCUUUUCCACUGGCUCCUGCCCCCCUCCCUCAGGAUGCUACGCAAACAAUGCAGGGAGGUUGUCCCCACCAGCAACAGCAACACAGUGGUCUCCCUGACUCGGCUCUUUGAAAUGCUGCUCACCCAACCUUUGAAGGAGGACACGGGGAACAAAAACAUACGGACUUGGGUCAUGGCAGCCUUUGCCUUCUCCCUGGUGUGGUCGGUGGGGGGCAGCUGUGAUACAGACAGCAGGAAGAGGUUUGAUGAGUACCUCAGAGACAUCAUCUUAGGGAAGGCAGACAACCACCCCAUCCCCGCUUCCGUGUCCAAAUGGGAAUGUCCCCACGAUGAGAAGGGUCUGGUCUAUGACUAUUACUAUGAGUUUAAAGGGAAAGGUCGCUGGGUGCACUGGACUGACUCGAUCAAGAACAUCAAUCUGGGGGACAAGAACACCAAAGUGCAGGAUAUCAUCGUCCCCACCAUAGACACGGUCCGAUACACCUAUCUCAUGGACCUCUGCAUCGACUAUGGAGUGCCGUUGCUGUUUGUGGGGCCCACUGGGACAGGGAAGUCUGUGUACGUGAAGGAGAAACUCAUGAACAACCUGGACAAGGACCGCUACCUGCCUUUCUUCAUCAACUUCUCAGCACGCACCAGCGCUAACCAGAGCCAGAACAUCAUCAUGUCCAGGCUGGACAAGAGGAGGAAGGGGGUGUUUGGCCCCCCCAUGGGGAAGAAGUGUGUCAUAUUUGUGGAUGACAUGAACAUGCCUGCCCUGGAGCAGUUUGGGGCACAGCCUCCCGUGGAACUCCUACGCCAAUACUUUGACCAUGGCAACUGGUAUGACCUGAAGGACACCACUAAGAUAACCCUGGUGGACCUGCAGCUGAUCUCAGCUAUGGGGCCUCCUGGUGGCGGGAGGAACGCGGUGACGCCUCGCUUCCUGCGGCACUUCAACAUCACCAGCAUCAACGCCUUCAGUGACGACACCAUGGUGCGCAUCUUCUCCAACGUGGUGGCCUUCUACCUCCGCAACAACGAGUUCCCCCCAGACUACUUCACCGUGGGCAACCAGAUAGUGGCCGCCACUAUGGAGGUCUACAAGAAGGCCAUGGACAACCUGCUCCCCACGCCAGCCAAGUCCCACUACACGUUCAACCUGCGCGAUUUUAGCCGCGUGGUGCAGGGUUGCCUUCUCCUCAAGAAGGAGUCCCUGGAGAACAAACGCACCAUGAUCCGCCUCUUUGUCCACGAGGUGUUCCGCGUCUACUACGACCGUCUGGUGGAUGACCAGGACCGUGCCUGGCUCUACCUUCUAAUGAACGACAUCGUCAGGGACCACUUCAAGGAGAACUUUGAGCAGGUGUUUGACCACCUGAAGGCUCCAAGCAGCAAGGCACCGCGUGAGGAGGACAUGUGUAACCUGCUGUUUGGGGACUACAUGAACCCUGACCUGGAGGACAAUGAUCGUCUGUACGCUGAGGUGCCCUCCAUGGAGAGCUUCGGCCAGGUGGUGGAGCUCUGUCUGGAUGAGUACAACCAGACACACAAGAACCGCAUGAACCUUGUCAUCUUUCGCUACGUGCUGGAGCACCUGUCUCGUAUCAGCCGUGUGCUGAAGCAGCGGGGCAAUGCCCUGCUGGUGGGGGUGGGGGGCAGCGGGCGCCAAUCCAUCACCCGCCUUGCCACCUCCAUGGCCAAGAUGACCCUGUUCCAGCCAGAGAUCUCCAAGAGCUACGGCCUGAACGAGUGGAGGGACGACCUCAAGCUCCUGCUGAAAAGUGCAGGGGUGAAGGGUCAGAAGACGGUAUUCCUGCUAACUGACUCUCAGAUCAAGGAGGAGGCCUUCCUGGAGGAUGUGGACAGUGUCCUGAACACAGGAGAGGUGCCCAACCUGUUCGCCACGGACGAGAAGGCGGAAAUCAUGGAGGCGGUGCGGCCUAUCGCCCAGGCUGGCAAUAAGAGUGUGGAGUUCAGCCCCCUGGCCCUGUUUGCCUACUUUGUGUCGCGCUGCAGGGAAAACUUGCACAUCAUAGUGGCCUUCAGUCCUAUAGGAGAGGCCUUCCGCAACCGACUACGCCAGUUCCCCUCCCUCAUUAACUGCUGCACCAUCGACUGGUUCCAGCCCUGGCCAGAGGAGGCGCUGGAGCGCGUGGCCAACAAGUUCCUGGAGUCGUUGGAGAUGAGUGAGCAUGAGAGACAGGAGGUCAUGCCCAUCUGCAAGACCUUCCACACUUCUGCCAUCCAGCUCUCUCACAAGUUCCUUUCGGAGCUGGGUCGCCAUAACUACGUGACACCCACCUCCUACCUGGAGUUGAUCGCUGCGUUCCGUCAGCUGCUCACCCAGAAGAGAGACAUGGUCAUGAAGGCCAAGAAGAGGUACACCAACGGCCUGGACAAACUGGCCUUCGCUGAGUCUCAGGUGAGUGAGAUGAAGAAGGAGCUGGUGGACUUGCAGCCUAAACUGGAGCAGGCCAAGAUAGACAACACCAAGAUGAUGAAGGUGUUAGAGGUAGAGUCAGUGCAGGUGGAGGCCAAGAGUAAGGUGGUGCGUGUGGACGAGGAGGCUGCCACUCUGAAGGCCAACGAGGCCCAGGCCCUGAAGAACGAGUGUGAGAGCGACCUGGCAGAGGCCAUACCUGCCCUGGAGAUGGCCCUCUCAGCCCUGGACACCCUGAAGCCCUCUGACGUGACCAUCGUGAAGUCAAUGAAGAGCCCUCCGUCGGGGGUAAAGCUGGUGAUGGCGGCUGUGUGUGUGAUGAAGGAGCUGAAACCUGAUAAAAUUGUUGAUCCUGCUGGGACUGGACAGAAGAUUCUUGACUACUGGGGCCCGAGCAAAAAGCUUCUUGGUGACAUGAAUUUCCUACGAGACCUGAAAGAGUACGACAAGGACAACAUCCCUGUCCCUGUGAUGCAAAAGAUCCGCAGUGAGUACAUGACUAAUCCUGACUUUGAUCCCACCAAAGUGGCCAAGGCCUCCUCAGCCGCCGAGGGCCUGUGCAAGUGGGUCACUGCCAUGGAGAUCUACGACAGGGUGGCCAAGGUAGUGGCCCCUAAGAAGGCCGGCCUGGCUGAGGCUCAGCUGUCUCUGGCCACCACCAUGUCCCUGCUGAACCAGAAGAGAGCUGAGCUGAAGGAGGUGGAGGACCGUCUGGCCCUGCUUCAGAAGACAUUUGAGGAGAAGACUGAGGAGAAGGCCCAGCUGGAGUUCCAGGUGGACCUGUGUGCCCGCAAACUGGAGAGAGCCGAGAAACUCAUCGGAGGCCUAGGAGGAGAGAAGACCAGGUGGUCCAAAGCAGCAGAUGACCUUCAGAACACCUAUGAUAACCUGACCGGUGAUGUGCUCAUCUCAGCUGGCGUCAUCGCCUACCUUGGAGCCUUCACUGCUGCCUUCAGACAGAACUGUGCCAAGAUAUGGACCAAGCUCUGCAAGUCUAAGAACAUUCCGUCAUCAGAUGAUUUCUCCCUGAGUAAGACCCUGGGAGACCCCAUAAAGAUCCGGGCGUGGAACAUCUCAGGUCUGCCCACCGACAGCUUCUCCAUAGACAACGGGGUCAUCGUCAGCAACUCCCGCCGGUGGCCCCUGAUGAUCGACCCCCAGGGCCAGGCCAACAAGUGGGUGAAGAACUCUGAGAAGGACAACAACCUGAGCGUGAUCAAGCUAACGGACGGAGACUACAUGAGAACCCUGGAGAACUGCAUCCAGUUCGGGACCCCUCUGCUGCUGGAGAACGUAGGGGAGGAGCUGGACCCGUCGCUGGAGCCCCUGCUGCUCAAACAGACCUUUAAACAAGGGGGCAUGGACUGUAUCCGGCUGGGGGAGAGUGUAAUCGAGUACUCAUGUGACUUCCGGUUCUACAUCACAACUAAGCUGCGGAACCCCCACUACCUUCCAGAGCUGGCAACCAAGGUGUCUCUGCUCAACUUCAUGAUCACCCCUGAGGGCCUUGAGGACCAGCUGCUGGGCAUUGUGGUCGCCAAGGAGAGGCCGGAGUUGGAGGAGGAGCGGAACGCCCUGAUUCUGCAGUCUGCAUCCAAUAAGAAGGUCCUGAAGGAGAUCGAGGACAAGAUCCUGGAGACACUUUCGUCGUCCGAGGGGAACAUCCUGGAGGAUGAGAGCGCCAUCCAGGUCCUCGACUCGGCCAAGAUCAUGUCCAACGAGAUCUCCAAGAAACAGCAGAUUGCUGAGAAGACAGAGGUCAAGAUAGCAGAGUCUAGGGAGGGCUACAGAGCCAUCGCCAAGCACUCCUCCAUCCUGUUCUUCAGCAUUGCUGACCUGGCCAACAUAGACCCCAUGUACCAGUACUCCCUCAGCUGGUUUGUCAACCUCUACAUCAACUCCAUACAGGACAGUAACAAGUCCAAGAUCCUGGAGAAAAGGCUGAGGUACCUCAUCGACCACUUCACCUUCAACCUGUACUGUAACGUGUGUCGCUCCCUGUUUGAGAAGGACAAACUGCUCUUCUCAUUCCUCCUCUGCUCCAACCUCCUCCUAGCGAAGAAGGAAAUAGAAUAUGGUGACGUUAUGUUCCUGCUGACUGGAGGGGUGGGUCUGCAGAACAACGUCCCCAACCCAGACCCCCACUGGCUGCAGGACAAAAGCUGGGACGAGAUCUGCCGGGCCAGCCACCUGCCCAACCUCCAGGGACUCAAGGAGAGCUUCAUCAAGAUCCCAGAUAAAUUCUUGGUAAUCUAUGAUAGCAAAGAGCCCUAUAACACCAAUCUGCCUAAGCCCUGGUGUGACUGCCUCAAUGACCUGCAGAAGAUGAUAAUUUACCGCUGUCUCAGGCCAGACAAGAUUGUGCCGGCCAUCACAAACUAUGUGACUGACAAACUUGGGAAGAAGUUUGUGGAGCCGCCUCCCUUUGACCUGAGUAAGAGCUACACAGACUCCAACUCCACCAUCCCUCUGGUGUUUGUGCUAUCUCCUGGAGCCGACCCCAUGGCCAGCUUGCUGAAGUUUGCCAACGACAAGAACAUGGGCGGCACCAAGUUCCAAUCCAUCUCCCUGGGCCAGGGCCAGGGCCCCAUCGCUGCCAAGAUGAUCCGCUCGGCCAUGAAGGAGGGCACCUGGGUGUGCCUGCAGAACUGCCACUUGGCUGUCUCCUGGAUGUCCACCCUGGAGAAGAUCUGUGAGGACUUUAGCCCAGAGACCUGCCACCCAGACUUCCGACUGUGGCUCACCAGCUACCCCUCGCCCAAGUUCCCAGUGACCAUCCUGCAGAAUGGGGUGAAGAUGACCAACGAGCCGCCCACAGGUCUCAGGCUCAACCUGCUGCAGUCUUACCUGUCAGACCCCGUCUCAGACCAGGACUUCUUCAACGCCUGCACGGACAAAGAGCUGGUGUGGGAGAAGCUUCUGUACGGCGUUUGCUUCUUCCAUGCUCUGGUACAGGAGAGGAAGAAGUUUGGUCCUCUGGGCUGGAACAUCCCCUAUGGGUUCAACGAGUCUGAUCUGCGCAUCAGUAUCAGACAACUACAGCUGUUUGUGAGGGAGUACGAUCAGGUGCCGAUGGAGGCCAUCACUUACCUGACAGGGGAGUGUAACUAUGGGGGCCGUGUGACUGACGAUUGGGACAGGAGGCUCCUGAUGACCAUCCUGGCUGACUUCUACAACAAGGACAUCAUCGAGAACCCCCGCUACACCUUCUCCCCCAGCGGAAAGUAUUACGCCCCGCCAAAGUCCAACUACGAGGACUACAUCGAGUUCAUACGGAACCUUCCGUUCCUCCAGCACCCGGAAGUGUUUGGGAUGCAUGAGAACGUGGACAUCUCCAAGGACCUGCAGCAGACCAAGCAGCUGUUUGACUCCCUGCUCCUCACCCAGGGAGGAGGGGCCAAGGGAGGAGCCAGCUCCGGGGGAGACAACACCCUCUUCGACAUAGCCAAUGACAUCCUCACCAAGCUUCCAGCAAACUUUGACAUCGAGGCUGCUCUGUUGAAGUACCCUGUUCUGUAUGAAGAGAGCAUGAACACUGUACUGGUGCAGGAGAUGGAGCGCUACAACACGUUGGCAGUUACGAUCCGUGUGAGCCUGCAGAACCUGCUGAAGGCCAUCAAGGGCCUGGUGGUGAUGGAUGCUGAGCUGGAGGCCCUGUCAGGCAGCCUGAUGGUGGGCAAGCUGCCAGAGAAGUGGGCUAAACGCUCCUACCCCAGCCUCAAACCCCUGGGCAGCUACAUCACAGACUUCCUUGCCAAGCUCAAGUUCCUGCAGGACUGGUAUGAGAGCAACAAGCCCCAUGUCUUCUGGCUGUCUGGGUUCUUCUUCACCCAGGCCUUCCUGACCGGGGCCAUGCAGAACUACGCCAGGAAAUACUCCAUCCCCAUCGACCUGCUCUGCUUCCACUUCCAGGUUCUUCCCAUCGACACCUCAAACUCCUCUCCUGAGGACGGGGUCUACAUCCACGGUCUGUUUCUGGACGGCGCUCGCUGGGACAAGAAUAGUGGAGUCCUGGCUGAGCAGCAUCCCAAGGUUCUUUUUGAUACGGUCCCCAUUAUCUGGAUCAAACCAACGGAGAAGAAAGGCAGUGACCUUCCCCAGACCCUGUAUGUGUGUCCGCUGUAUAAGACCAGCGAGAGGAAGGGCACCCUGUCCACCACAGGCCACUCAACCAACUUUGUCAUCACCAUGAUGCUGCCCACCAGCAAGCGCCCGCAGCACUGGAUCAAGAGAGGCGUGGCCAUGCUCUGCCAGUUGGAUGACUGAGGACACUGAGGAGUAGGGAAGGACACGCUAUUUAACUUUGUCAUUACACCGAGACUUCGCUCCCUGGUGGAUUCUCUAUUCACUUUAAUCAUAUAAAAAAUACUUUGAUGUAA